AUGUGCAGCGCAGGGGUGGUACGACCGGACUACUACUCGCUGCUUGAGGUGCCUCGUGGCGCCUCCGAGGAGGAAAUCAGGAAGGCCUAUCGGCGACUGGCCCUCCUCUACCAUCCGGACAAAAAUGCCACAGCUGAAGCGGAGGCGAGGUUCAAGGAGAUCUCCAAAGCCUAUGAGGCAAGUAGCGUGCUUGGAGAUGCGGAAAAGCGUCGUCUCUACGAUCUAUAUGGGAACGGAUGUUUGAAGGGGCCGCCACCAAUGCGAUCAUUUGGAAGUUCUUUUGACGGCGAUUGCGGUGCCUUUCACACCUUUCAGAUGUUUUUUGGAGGAGAUAAGGCCUUUAAACCAUUCGUGGAAGUCACUACGAACCCUGCUUCUAAGGACUCUUCAUCAACUUUCCAUCGAACUAAGAGAGACAUCGAGCAUCCAGUGAAGGUGCGGCUUGAUGAACUCCUCGGCAAUACUCAGCGCCGGAUGCGGGUCCAUCGACGCCGUUUCGAUUGUUUGUCAAGGUGCUAUGUUCAGGAGAAUCGAGUUCUCACCUUCAAUAUUCCACCAGGAGCACAGAACGGCACGCGUAUCCGAUUCGAAAGAGAAGGAAACGAAGCAACACCUAAUGAACCUCCCGGAGAUGUUGUUUUUAUACUCCAGGAGGAGGCACACGAAUUGUUCCUCCGUGAAGACUGCAAUCUCCGAACUGGAUUAAAAAUGGAACCAAUGCCAUCGUCUCUUUCGCCCUUAAUUAUUCCCGGUGGCGGACUGCCUGACAUUCGAUCAAAAGACAUGGAUGGGAAUGCAGCGGCCGACUCAUUCGACUCACAGAAACUCAAGCGUGGUGAUCUCAUCGUACAUUUUGAAAUUGAAUUACCCUCCCUUUUACCCAACAAACCAAAGACUGAGGCCAUCAGAUCAGCGCUUCCCGGCCAGGGCCAAUUGAAGUUUCAGUACUUGCCGCGACAGGUGGUUACUGCAGCUUCAUCAAGGCGAGAACAAGUAACUAGACAGUGA